AUGGCCGACUACAAUGAGAAGUCCAAGGCCACCGCCGAGCUGGCCGCCGACGACAGCAGCAACCAGGGCGAAGUGAUCAACGCCUCCGGUCACAAGCAGGAGCUCGACCGCAACUUCAGCCUGCUCAGUUUAUGCGCCGUCGCCGUGACUACUGGUAACACUUGGAUUGCUCAGGGUGGUAGUGUCGUGACGGCGUUGGCCAACGGUGGUCUGGCCGGAACGAUCUAUGAAUUUAUGGCCGUGUCGGUCUGCUACUGGCUCGUCGCCGCCUCCAUUGCCGAAUUGGCAUCGGGCAUGCCCUCGUCGAGUGGUGUCUAUCACUGGGCGACCAUCACCGCCGGCCGAUAUGGACGCGUCUGCGGUUUCUUUGCCGGAUGGUGGAACUGCCUGGCCUGGAUUUUGGGUGCCGCCUCCAUGUCCCUGAUCAUGGGCCAGCAGACCGUCUCUAUGUACGCUGUGAUGCACCCGGGCUUCGAGCCGCCGACCUGGAGCAUCUUCGUCAGCUUCCUGCUGUGCACCUGGACCUGCUGCUGCAUCGUGCUGUUCAUGAACCGCUUCCUGCCCAUGAUCGGUAACAUCGGCAUGUUCUUUAUUCUGUCUGGUGUCUUCAUCACCAUCAUUGUCUGCGCCGUCAUGCCCCAUGUCAAUGGUGUGCCCUACCAAACCGACUUCGAUGUCUGGGGUAACUGGCAGAACGGCACCACAUACACCCAGCAGGGCUUCGUCUUCGUCAUGGGCAUGCUCAACGGCGCCUACAGUGUUGGUACCCCAGACUGCUCGACCCAUCUGGCCGAGGAGAUCCCCAAGCCCAGCCGCAACAUCCCCAAGGCCGUGUUGGCCCAGAUGGGUGUUGGUUUCAUCACUGGUAUUUGCUACAUGAUUGCCAUCUUCUAUUCGAUCAGCGACCUGGACGCUGUCAGUGGAACUUCCCUGUUCCCCCUCGCUGUGAUCUACCACCAGGCUACCGGCACCCGUGGCGGUGCCCUGGGUCUUUUGAUCAUCGCCUUCAUCCCGACCUUGAUCACUGCCUCGGGCUGCUACAUCACUGCCGGACGUACUCUGUGGACCCUCUCUCGUGACCGCGCGACUCCGUUCCCCAACUGGCUCGGCCACAUCAACUCCCGCUUCCAGAACCCUUUCAACGCGACUCUAACCUGUGGCUGCGUUGUCACCGUCCUGGCCUGCAUCUACAUGGGCUCCACCACUGCUUUCCAGGCCUUCGUCGGCUGCUUCGUCCAGCUGUCCAGUCUUUCCUAUUUCAUGGCGAUCUUCCCACACAUCCUGAGCCGCCGCUCUUCCUUCGUUCCCGGCUACUUCUUCAUGAACAACAAGAUCGGUUUUGUUAUCAACACCCUGGCCUGCAUCUACAUCAUCGCCUUCGUCAUCAUAUUCUGCUUCCCCUACUCUCUGCCCGCCACCGCAGCCGACAUGAAUUAUGCCAGUCUGAUGACCGGAGGUCUGUCGAUUUUUGUUGUUAUCUGGUGGUUCUUCCGCCAGGGCACCUACGAGGGACCGAAGAAUAUCCCCAUCACCGACAAGCAUGUUGCGGAGGACGCGAAAUAA